AUGGUAAACCAACACUGGGAGCCGUCGGCCGGAGACGAUCAAACUGAUGAACCGAAAGACCCUUAUUACAUUGCAUACAUAAUCCACUUUCUUCUCGGCGCAGGGUAUCUGGUUCCAUGGAAUUCUUUCAUCACCGCCGUCGACUACUUUCAGUAUCUUUAUCCGGCGAAGCACAUCAGCAAGGUGUUCUCUGUUGCGUAUAUGGUGGCGGCCAUGACUGUCCUUUUUAUUCUGACAUGCUGGUCUAGCUUCUUGAAGAUGAAGCUGCCGGCGUUAAAAACGAGAAUGAAUUUGGGUUAUGCUUUGUUUGUUUUGGUUUUAUUUGUGGCGCCGAUCACUGACUGGGUCGAUCAUCGGGAUGAGUUCGGAAGAGGUUCAAAUUUCGCUUUUGUGGUUCUUGUUUCGAUGGUGGCAGUAACUGGUUUUGCUGAAGGAUUAACCGGUGGAAGCUUGGUCGGCGCCACCGGAAAAUUGCCCGGAAGGUACAUGCAGGCGCUCGUAGCUGGCAACGCUUCAGCGGGGGUUUUGGUAUGCAUGUUAAGGAUCAUAACCAAGGCUUCACUUCCUCGAUCGAGAAAGGGACUUCGAACAAGCACACACAUCUACUUCUUCACCAGCACACUCAUCGAACUCCUGUGCAUUAUCUGCUUCAACCUACUCCACCGAAUACCAACGAUUCAACAUUACAUAACCAAAACUACCCAGACAAGCCACCUCGAUGAUCACCCACCCAAAACCGAGCUCCGACGACCGGAAACACUCCUGGUCUUCAAGAAACUCCGAUGGCUAGCAGUGUCCAUGGUAACAAUCUACGUUGUGACCUUGUCGAUUUUCCCAGGUAUAGGGAGGGUGGUGUUCUUUCCGCUCUUUAUGGGUUGCAUAUUCGGACCCAACUGGUUGCGAAAAGAGGUUCCGGUGGUUCUUUUGACGUUGUUGUUGGGAGUUAGCAAUGGGUACCUGACUAGUGUGCUUAUGAUCGUUGCUCCUAAAGUUGUUGCGGUUGAGGAAUCGAACAUUGCUGGAAUCGUAAUGAGUUUGUUUUUGGCAAUUGGGUUGGUGAUAGGUUCGGCUUUAGGUUGGCUGUGGAACAUUCGAAGAAGAUAG